AUUUUGCGAGAAUGUUGCAAAUUGAGAAAAUUGUUUCGAAUAAAGGAAAUGGUGAUAUUAUCAAGGAAAUAAUUUCUCACAAUGUUGAUGAAGAUAUCACCGAAUUGAGUCUGAUUCGUCAUAGAAUUCAGAAAAUCUGGCAAUUUGAAAAUACUCCAGGUAUUAGAGAUCUGUCUCUUCGCUGGAAUCUUUUGAAGAAGAUUGAUCAUUUCCAAUGUCUCACUUCUCUGACACGUCUCAAUUUGAAUGAUAAUCAAAUUGAAAAACUCGAAAAUUUGGAAACUCUGGUGAAUCUAGUAUUUCUCGAUGUCUCCUACAAUCGUAUAACGAAAAUUGAAGGACUUUCCGAAUUGAUUAAUUUGGAGGAGCUUCAUUUAGUUCAUAACAAGAUUAUUACCAUUGAAGGACUCGAAACGAAUACUGCUAUGAAAUACUUGGAAUUUGGUGAUAACCGCAUUCAAAAAAUGGAAAAUCUGUCUCAUUUGGUCAAUUUGGAGCGUCUUUUCCUCGGAGCCAACCAAAUUCGUAAAAUCGAGGGACUUGACGGAAUGGCUCAAUUGAAAGAGCUUAGUCUUCCUGGAAAUGCUCUUCAAAUCAUCGAAGGUCUUGACACGUUGUCCGGAUUGAAAUCAAUCAGUUUGGCUCAGAAUGGAAUUCGAAAAAUUGAUGGGCUUUCUGGGUUGACGAAUCUCAAAUCGUUGGAUUUAAACGAUAAUAUUAUUGAGAAACUCGAAAAUGUGGAACAGUUCAAGGGAAUUAGUAGUCUUAUGAUUCGUAAGAAUAAACUCAAUUGUUGGCAAGACGUCCGUCAGUUGAAGAAACUUGAGAAUCUCACAGUCUUGACUAUGGAAAUGAACCCACUUUACAGUUCCGACUACACCUAUCGCAACAGAGUGAAGGAAAUUCUUCCGGAUGUCAAACUUCUCGACGGCUUUCCAAUUUUUUGGGUUCAAGGAGAUCCCUAUCAGCCAAUUCCAGAAGAAUUCUAUGAAGUUUUUGAUAAUCUUCAUGUUAAAUAACUGACUUAGAAUUAUCAACCUUAUUACUGAAUAAAUGAUCUACUUGUG